CUCGUCCCCGCUGGUUCCUCACCAUUCAAGGUGCGGAAGAGGAACAGGUGCGCAAGGAGCUCCCGAGAAGAAGAGAAUAAAAAACAUCUUUAACUUUUAACUUUAUUCAGAGACACGAAGAGAAACUCAACCUAUUUAAACUAAAGAAGCGAGCCAGUGAGCAGCCGAGCGACUUUAACUACAGCCAGAGAGGAGUGGGGGGUUUGUACCUUCACAGCAGGUGAGCGACUCUCUUUCGAAGAAGAAGAAGCAGCAGAGGAAGAAGAGGGAAAUGGCCAAUUCCGGGCUCCAGAUCCUGGGCUUCGCCCUGGCUCUGUUGGGAGUCAUUGGACUGAUCAUUGGGACCAUUCUGCCGCAGUGGAAGAUGUCCGCCUAUGUGGGGGACAACAUCAUCACGGCGGUGUCCAUGUACGAGGGGCUGUGGAUGACCUGCGCCUUCCAGAGCACCGGGCAGAUCCAGUGCAAGGUGUACGACUCCAUACUGCAGCUCAACAGUGCCCUCCAGGCAACCCGCGCCCUCAUGAUCGUUAGCAUCAUCGUUUCGCUGGCUGGUCUGGGUGUAGCAUGCAUGGGAAUGAAGUGCACCAACUGUGGAGGAGAUGACAAAGCGCGCAAGUCCAAGAUCGCCAUGAUUGGGGGCAUCAUCAUCCUGAUUGGAUGUAAGAAGGCAUUUAAUCAUUUCCUGUUUUUAUUUUAUCCCUGGAUCUGUAAGCGCUUCAUUACUAAUGUUCUUCACUCUCUUACAGCUUUGUGUUCCGUUGUGGCCUGCUCUUGGUACGCUCACGACAUCAUCAGGGCCUUCUACGACCCUUUCACCCCUGUCAAUACCAAGUACGAGUUUGGGUCUGCCAUCUUCAUCGCAUGGGCUGGCGCUUUCCUGGCCGUAGUGGGAGGUGCCAUGCUCUCAGCGUCUUGCCCACGGGGCAAACCCUCACCCAAGUAUCCCAUCUCCAGACCUCCCAGCAGCAAGGAAUACGUUUGAAUGGGACUGGGACUCAAUGAAAGGACACUUUGACAUUUGUGCUUGUCCAACUCGGAGAUUUUAACAACGUUGAAAAAUAUGUAUCCAGCAGGCGACGAUCAGUACCUGUUUGUUUUUUAUUUUGUAUUUUAGUUUCUUCAAGGCUGCCCUGUGAUGUUACUGUAAUAUUAUUUUAACAGACUCAUUAAAGUUUUUAAAUAUAUUAGCAGUUUACUUCUAAGAAUGCGCUCACUGUCUUUGCCUUAUCUGGAACUGCAGAGUGAAACAAUCCAGCUGCCACCUGUAACACUCUAAGUUGUUCCACUGGUAUGCAGUACAUAUUUUCACAUGCUGCAUGCUAGUGUGCUCUGCAUUAUUGGAGAAUGCAAUGUGUUAGGAAAAUAGUCUGCAUGCACUGAACAGAGAUCAGAUACGUCAGUGGUCAACUCUACAGCCAUUUUAUUCCUGUGUUGGCUACGUGCAUAACAAUGUGCUCCCAUUUGUUCCCAUGUUUGUGCCCUCUUUUUAUGAACAAGACAAUCAUUCAACAGUUCAGACUAAUUUUUUUUUUAAUCAAAAGGCUGCAGUGAAACUUUAAAUAUAUAAAUCGCAACUUACUGAUUCCUUAUUAUUGCCAAUAUCAAACAGCGUGACAAAUGUUGAGAGCCAUUUCUCAACUCGUUCUGUAAUGAUUACUGUUUGUGUAAAAUGGGCUUUGCUCGUGUUUGUUUUGUUUUUUUUUAGAAUUUUAUUUGUCAUAAAUAUCGCUGCACUCAUCAAAUUCUCAGUUUUAAAAAACUUUUUAACAUGUGAUUUGUUGUGUGUUUCUUGUCUUUGUUGUACAUAAAAUAAAAGUGAAAAAUACACUGUU